CGCCCGGGCCCCUGAGGCCCACCUGCCCGGCCGCCUGCUCCUGCAGCAACCAAGCGAGCCGCGUGGUCUGCACGCGCCGCGAGCUCCUCGAGGUGCCCGCCAGCAUCUCGGUGAACACGCGGUACCUCAACCUGCAGGAGAACCACAUCCAGGUGAUCCGCACGGACACCUUCAAGCACCUGCGGCACCUGGAGAUCCUGCAGCUCAGCAAGAACCUGGUGCGCAAGGUGGAGGUGGGCGCCUUCAACGGGCUGCCCAACCUCAACACGCUGGAGCUCUUCGACAACCGCCUCACCACGGUGCCCACGCAGGCCUUCGAGUACCUGUCCAAGCUGCGCGAGCUCUGGCUGCGCAACAACCCCAUCGAGAGCAUCCCGUCGUACGCGUUCAACCGCGUGCCCUCGCUGCGGCGCCUCGACCUGGGCGAGCUCAAGCGCCUCGAGUACAUCUCGGAGGCCGCCUUCGAGGGCCUGGUGAACCUGCGCUACCUGAACCUGGGCAUGUGCAACCUCAAGGACAUCCCCAACCUCACGGCGCUCGUGCGCUUGGAGGAGCUCGAGCUCUCGGGCAACCGCUUGGACCUCAUCCGCCCGGGCUCCUUCCAGGGCCUCGGCAGCCUGCGCAAGCUGUGGCUCAUGCACGCGCACGUGGGGGCCAUCGAGCGCAACGCCUUCGACGACCUCAAGGCGCUCGAGGAGCUCAACCUGGCGCACAACAACCUGGCGUCGCUGCCGCACGACCUGUUCACGCCGCUGCCGCGGCUGGAGCGCGUGCACCUCAACCCCCACCCGCGGCGCUGC